ACCAGGGCUGGGUCUCCGUAGGGCCCUUCCCAGCGAGGGGGCGGGACGUAGGUUUGUUUUGCCUCAGACUCCGUCCGCUCUGGGCAGCCAGGGGAGCGCAAGGUCAAGUUCUCCUUAGGCCCCGCCCCCAGCACGGGCAAGACGCGGGCUAGACCCCUGGCCUCCCGGGCGGGAGGCAGACUUGAGUGCCGAGACCAAGUGUCGUUCCCUCCCGACGUCGGGCGCGGGACAGCUCGCUGACCAACAGCCCCGGCUAGGCCCCGCAGGUUCCCCAGUCCCACUCAGUUCCCCGUAGUCCCCCGCAGUUCCCCGAGACUCGCCGAGCGCCGUUGCUGAGCCCGGCGAAUAGCAGCUCUCAUUACCGCUGAACUGGCUUCAUUCUUUAAGGUAGGGAAGAUGGCAGUUCCAGGCUUAUGUGGAGUUUAUGGCCCCUUAUCUCAGAAGACACUAUUUUUUCCAGUAUCCCUAUUGAAAGAGGAUCAGAUUUGCUCUUCAGGGAUCAUGUAUUUUCUCCUGGACCACUCAUUUGUCACAGAAAGUUGAAGUUUUCUGGCCAUCUUGAUUGACAGACCUUUCAGAAUCAUGAGGAAUCGUAGUCUAGCAGUUUUGAAAACAAAGGUGCUGCAGGACUACACAGUAAAGCUGCCUACUGUGGAUGGUGAUUCCAAAUUGGAAGUUCAGACCGUGAAGAGUAUCUAACCGUGGGAUGCUAGACCUGAGAGUUAAGGAAGGGUUCCUGUGUUAAUCUCUACUUUCAUAUGUUUGAUAGCUACUGUAAUAUUAAAGUGCUUUUAAAAAGCGCAUUUAAAACAUUUUUGGUUUGGGAACUCUCAACAAACAAGCCUUCACAUUUCUGUGCUUACUCUCUGAUUUUCUCACCUUCUGCUUUUCUUUUCAUUGUGCAGAGACCUUAAUCCUUACUUCCCUCUAAGCUGGGAACUGGGGGCGGGAAACACAGUAGUGGACUUUAGAUUGGUGUGGUAUGCUUGGAGGGUGCUGGGGCGAAGAUAGUCAAGUGCCCUUAAAUCCAUGUUUCCAAGCUUCCCAGAACAAAAGCCUCAGAAAAUUCCAGCCAGGGAGAGAAGAAAGUCUGUGCUGUGACCAUAAGUCUACAUCUCCCCCUCUCAUGGGCAGUACUUGAGCCAGGGUCCGUGUGGACAGAUCAGGUGAGGGCUCGGUAGGGUCCUGAAUUCAAGUCAUGUGCAUAGUUAGAGGGAAGCCCAGGUGCUCAGAGGGUCAUGAACUAGCUGCUGGAGGGCAUCCUAGAGAGUAUUUAGACUACCUUUUGUUUCACAGGUGAGGAAGCUGAGGUCAGAGGCAUUAAGUGGCCCAAAAUCACACAGUGAAAUAGCAGGAGCAGAGCUAGGUUUGGGAUCCCAGAAUCUGACUUUGGAGUCUAGUACUGCAUAAUAGCUGUGUGGCUUUGAGUAAGCACCAUUGCUGCUCUGAGCGCAGUGAGGUAGGCAGAAUAAUGGCCCCCCAAAUGUCUACAUUCUAAUUCCCAGGACCUGUGAAUGUGUUAGGUUCUGUGCUUUGGGGGCGUUAAGGUUGCAGAUGAAACACUAAGCUUGGGGCAAUUAGUUACAACAGCCAUAGGAAACGAAUGUGAAGGGGAGUAACCAUGCCUCCCUCAAAAGCCUGGCAUAUAUAGUCAAGGAAAUCAUGUCUGAAAAUUACCCAGCAAAGAUCCUGGAACAUAACAGAUGCUUAACAAAUAGGAAUAUUGAUGGGGGGGUCAUUAAAAGAGAGGAAAGGGAGAAUAGCUGAUGGACCGGUGUCUGAAGAAGUAAAGUCUGUGCCUCUGUGGUAAGGCACAGGACUACUAGGAGGACGAUAAGAGAUACCAGAAGCCCCAGUGGGUGGCCAAAGGCACCCUUGGAGAACCUCUCUGCUCCUAGAGUCAGCAAGGCCUUCCUCCUCCAAUUCUCCAGCACUUCCAUCUCCAGCAGCACCACCGUACAUCACAGGAAGCAGGAGCUAGGAGCCCACCUUGAGGAUUUGGUAGGAUGUAGGCCUCUCUUGGACCCCCCUGAGCUUCUGCCUGGCCAUCACCCUAAUGAGAGAAGAGAGACAAUUGGCAUUCAUUGGCUACUGGAAGGAAGCCUGGAAGAGUUGUGUCUGGAUACUGUGAGCCUGUGGAAAUGAGAGCCCCCCAUAUCUCCAAGAGGAGGCCCCCACUAGAGGAAGUGCCACUUCCCAUCCUGGUACACUUGUGGAAAUGAUGGAGCCCCCAGAUGGGGGCUUUGCUUCUUGAGGACUUUGCAGGGACAUUCACUUCUACCAUUUGGAGUCACCACAACUGUGUCUGUGUUUUAUUUUUCCAAAAAACGUACACUGAUGUUUGGAUUGCUAGUAGGUGAUACCAAGGAACUUUUGUUAAUUAUUAGUUUUUUCAGGUGUGAUCAUAUUGUGGAAAAGUAAGACAGUGUCCUUAUUUCAGAAAGUGCUCUUUAUUUUUGAAGUAUUUACAGGUAAAAUAUCAUGGUGUUUGUAAUGUGUCUUCAUAUACUUAAGCGGGGGAAGGUGAAGUAAAUAUAGAAGUAUGUCAAUAAUUUGGGGGGGACCUCUGUGUGGCAGUUCCUUAUACUGUUAUUGUUGCCCAUUUUUCUUUUUAGAGACAGGGUCUCACUCUAUUGCCCAACUGAAUGCAGUGGCACAGUCAUAGCUCACUAUUAUCUUGAACUCCUGGGCUCAAAUGAUCCUCUCCCCAGAACUCCGAAGUAGCUAGGACUACAGGCACACACCAACACACCUGGCUAAGUUUUUUUUAAUUUCUUGUAGAGCUAGGUCUUGCUGUGUUAUGCAGACUUGUCUCAAACUCCUGGCUACAAGUGAUCCUUGCACUUCAGCCUCCCAAAGUGCUGGGAGUACAGGAGAACAGAUAAACUGUGGUACAGCCAAACAAUGGAACACCAUUCAGCAAUGAAAAGGAACAAACGCUGACACACGGAACAACGUGAUUGAACCUCAGAAACGUUGUGCCAAGUACAACAGACACAGAAGACCAUACGAAUCAGAAAAAGCAAGAUCUAGAUCCCAGGAGCGUGAGGGGAUGGCCAGUCACGUACAGCAGCCCAGUUUUCAAGGAACCACUCUUGGAAAACCCGCACCAGCAGCAAUUCUGCCACCAGCCCAGCUCACCCCGGGUUUGCUGCAAUCCAGCCAGGUUUUAGGGUGGCCACUGCAACUGAUGUGGAUGUGCCUAACAAGAUGAAGAGCCCAAUCCCUGUGGUGCUCCUGGCCUGUGGCUCCUUUAACCCCAUCACCAACAUGCACCUGCGCUUGUUUGAGGUGGCCAGAGAUCACCUACAACAAACAGGAAUGUACCAGGUCAUCCAGGGUAUCAUCUCUCCUGUCAAUGACAACUAUGGGAAGAAAGACCUCGCAGCUUCUCAUCACCGAGUGGCCAUGGCCCAGCUGGCCCUGCAGACAUCCAACUGGAUCCGAGUGGACCCCUGGGAGAGUGAGCAGGCACAGUGGAUGGAGACAGUGAAGGUGCUGAGGCAUCAUCACAGCGAACUGCUCAGAUCUCCACCCCAGAUGGAAGGCCCAGACCAUGGCAAGGCACUCUCCCCAACCCCUGCAGCUGUGCCUGAGCUGAAGCUUCUCUGCGGGGCAGACGUCUUGAAGACCUUCCACACCCCCAACCUCUGGAAGGACGCGCACAUCCAGGAAAUAGUGGAGAAGUUUGGCUUGGUCUGCGUGGGCCGGGUGGGUCAUGACCCAAAAGGGUACAUCUCAGAAUCUCCCAUCCUACGGAUGCACCAGCACAACAUUCACCUGGCCAAGGAGUCUGUGCAGAAUGAGAUCAGUGCCACGUACAUCAGGCGAGCCUUGAGCCAAGGGCAGAGUGUGAAGUACCUGAUCCCCGAUGCUGUCAUCACCUACAUCAAGGACCAUGGCCUCUACACCAAGGACAGUGCCUGGAAAGGCAGAAGCACCCAGAGCACUGAGGGAAAGACAAGCUAGGGAGGGGGACUCGGCACCCACACCUCCUCCACCAAGCUCCUGCUGGGGAGAGGGCUGUUAAGGUUUCUGUUUGACUUUGGUUUUUGCUUCUCCAUUUUUCAAUUAUUGAUUUCUACAAUGAUUCUACUUCCGAGGAGUCUUCUGUCCCAGGAAGAGAUCCUUCUUUGUGGGAGAGGAAAGGUCUAAAUCGCAAGGAUGGACAUUUAUCAACAAAGUGGUGUGGCAGGUCAUUAGGAUUAGGCAGAAUCUCUGAGCUGCUGGACCAAGGAGGCCUACUAAUUUUGUGUGGAUGGUAAUUAUGGCAUGCACACUGAAUGCAGUUCUGAGCAAGGCAGGGGCCCCUGAGGGUCAGAUCAGAAUUGCCCACAAUGCAUUUUUUAACUAGGACCAGGUGCAGCAUGCUAGUCUUGAUUGGAGAGAUUUGACAGGAUGCUAAUUACCGAACAGUGGGUUUUGUCAAUGCCCUGGUUUCAGAAUAUGAACUGAGGAGUCAAACAGUUGGAAACAGCACAUUGCUGAUUUACACUGAAUCUUGUCUUACAAACCAUUGUCUGCCUGACUAACCAGCCCUUCAUAAAAUUUAAACAAAACUCUGUCUACAUAGUGAUCCUCAAGCAGUAUUUUUCAUAUGGCAAGGAUCAAACUUGCUGUAGUAUAAAAGCCGGGGCUCCUGAUUUCCAGGUUUCUAAAAAGGAACUGAGGUAAAACAGAUGCCUGACUGUUUUAAAGGAUCUUUUUUAAUGUUUUAUGACUGCCUGUCUGUUUGAAUAUUGGCAAAGAGAUAAAUAAUAAAUUGACAUCAAAAAGUA